CAGAAAUGCCAGUUAUUUGUAGAAUUGGAUUUGUAUUCUUUGUCCUUCCUAUCAAUCAAUAUGCUUUGUUUUCAUCUUGGUCUUUUUUCUUUUGUGUUUGGAGCACAUCUCACAUGUAUGUGCUAAAAUACUAAUUAGAUUUUUUCCAGCUUCUGUACUUCUAUUGCUUCUCAUAUAGAAUUUAAAUCUUUACUCUUAUUAUAUAUUUGAAUUCCCUUCCAGUUUUUUCUUAUCCAGUUUCUUUUUUACUCUCAGCUGUUGUUUCCCACCUCAUCUCUUGCUUUUAGAGGCUGUGUUUUUCUUUUCCGUUUGUCUUUUUCAGUUGGGAAUGUAAAGUAGAUAAUUUCCAAGUUUUUCUCCUGAUUCCCAGGGUAAGCCCACUACAGAAGCAAGCUUUCUCUCUUCCUCUAUAUGGUGGUGUUCGUCUUUCUUAUGGUUGAAGAGCAUCGUCUUGGUCCCACACUGUUACUGAUGUUUUUGAUUUUCUUAAAAAUUGACGGCAGAGGGACUUGGGUAGGGAUGGUAUUGUUCACUCUUGUCAGAGUGAGCAAGCCCUCUGCGUCACUCUCACUACCUCUAGGUGCUGAAGGACUCUUCAUCUACAUGUGAGGUAGGAGAGCGAGUGUUGGAAAGAUACAACAAGAUUUCUGAAUGAUAAAUCUUUCUGUACUCAGAAGAGGUCUUCCUUUGCUAUUGUUUAAUUUUUCAGCCCUGUGUCUAUAACAAGGGGGACUGUUUCUGUGUGAUUUGAAAAAGUUUAUAGUUUUUCGAGUUUUUGCAGGGAAAGUGGUAGUGGUGAGACUGUAAUCCUCUGAGGGCUCAUUCUGUUUCCGCGCCUCCUGUUGCUGACUUCACAGAGUAGUAUGCAUUGCUCCUCUUGGCUUCACCUUCCACUUCUGGCCAUGAACAUUUUAUUAUUGAGAGAGAACUGCCUUGAAAGAGAAUUAGCAAUGGAAGCCAGUAGUGGAGGGGUUACCUCAGGGUCUUUUUUUUCUUUUUUGAAGGAGAUGUAGAAUGGAGUAGAGUGAGAUGCCUUUUUAGGCUCUUCCUAACUGGACCUCCUGCUGCAGAGGCUGUAAUAAGCAUCCAGCUACCAAUUAACAUUUUUCAGUUCCAGUCCGGGUAUAAUGUUGUAUCCUGUUUAAACUUUAUUUUGGGAUAUAUAUUUCACUGGGAAAGCAAGGAGGAAAGCAAAGUGCUGAGCUUUCUAGUUAGUUGCCGCUGAGACUGAGCCAAACUUUCUCCCUUUUGCUGCUUCCCUGUGCUAUUUAUUGAAUUACUGGGUCUAUCCCUGCUGUGCCCCAUCCAGGCUGUCAAAUGCGUUGAAAUCCAGGUCACUCACUAGCCCUAUCAAAACAAUCCAUCUUUUGUCUCAAUUUCCUAGCAUGAUCCUUCCUCAAAAGUAUGCCAUGCUAAUUACAAAUAUUUGUUUGGGGGAUUUCAGAAUCAGGUAAUCUCUCUGGCCUGGGCCUUAGGUUCCAUGUUUGAAUUUGUACCCUGGCUCCUUCUUUGCUCUCUGAAAUUUGAGGACCACUGCCCAAGGACCCCGGUAGUUAUCAUUUAGUAUGGAAGAAGAUGAGUUCUUUGGAGAAAAAACAUUUCAGCACUUUUGUGCAGAAUUCAUUAAACAUUCACAGCAGAUAAGUGAUGGUUGGGAAUGGAGAACUUCGAAGGACUGUUCUGAAGGCUACAUGUGCAAAACACAAUUUCAAAUGAAACCUGGGACACUGGUAUCGCAUCCGGGGACAUCUGCCCAUGUCCAGACAUGUCUUCCCGUGGAGGAGGCUUUAGAACUACCCCCGGAUGAUUUUGAAGUGACUGAGACCACAGCAGGAAGCGAAGUGGUUAAAUACGAGUAUCAUGUCUUAUACUCCUGCAGCUACCAAGUGCCUGUGCUUUACUUUAGGGCAAGCUUUUUAGAUGGAAGACCUUUAGCUCUGAAGGACAUAUGGGAAGGAAUCCAUGAGUGUUACAAGUCACAGCUGCUGCAGGAGCCAUGGGACACCAUUACCCAACAGGAGCACCCAGUGCUUGGACAACCCUUCUUUGUACUUCAUCCCUGCAAGACGAAUGAAUUCAUGACUCCUGUGUUAGAGAAUUCUCGAAAAAUCAAUAGGAGUGUCAACUAUAUCACGUCAUGGCUGAGCAUUGUAGGGCCAGUUGUUGGGCUUAAUCUACCUCUGAGUUAUGCCAGAACCGCCUCUCAGGAUGAAUGAAGUGUCACUUGACAAGCCAAGGAACCUAGAAAUUGCAGCAUGAAGAACAACGAAAGUGUACCUGGCCAGCCCGGUUUUAAUAGGACAGAUACCGUGCAGUAGUUCAACUCACCAAGAUUUUGACAUGGAUUUAUUUUUCCACUGGAAGCAAAUUCUGCAGUAACCGACAGGCUGUGUCCCUCAUCUAGAAGAACUGUUGGUUUGGAGUUGCUUGUUUUGUUUUUCAUUUUAUCUUGCCAGGGGCUGAAACUAAGACAAAAAUAUAAUUGUUUCUUUAGAGAAUCUAGAUUCGUGUCUAUUGAUGCAGGAUAUACUUCAGGGUCACCUGAGAAUCUUUUUUGACUGCAAAUGUUGGGGUCAACCUCCUGGAACAGCCUCUGUGGAGUGAUUAUGACACACCUGCUUUUGGAGAACCUCUGAUCUGGAUGUACUGUUGGUGUGGUAUUUAUUCGUAUUGUUUGGGUCUCCCAACAGGCCUUUUCUAAUUCUGUGUAUAGCUCCAACAAGCUGGACGUACUUCCUAACACUGGGCAUUGCCCUGCGCCUCCUGGUCGGUAGGAAUAUCCAGGAGAUGUGUGUCUGCAAGGCAGUCUGCUCAGAGCAAGCAGUCGGGAAGAGGGGAUUAUCUGCUGGCCAGUCACAGAAGACUGUGCUUGUGCUUUUAGUCUGUAGGUUCGGGGCUGAUCUCUCACACAGGGAGCUGAAGUAGAGAACGGGUUAAUUCAAACUGCUGGAAAAGCUAAAAGUAAAUUUUAAAAUGCUGAGCUGCACAUAUUCAUGCUGGGAUGAGAGCCUGCUUACAUGCUUGCUGGGUAUUUUGGUAUUUACCACUUAACAUCUUUUCAACUUCUUCAGGGAUUUCCACCCCCCCCCCCCCACCCAACUCUCCCUAAUGUAAACACAGAUCUCUCAGCAAGUCAUUUCUCAGACCAUGUCAUUCCUAGGGUAAAAAAAAAAAAAAACAAAAAAAAAAAAAACCACCUAAAUAAAGGAUAAUAAUAUGUUGUCUGGAUGAUGUACUUGUCUGGAAAUAAUAGUUAUCCUUUGCUAACAGGUUCUGAGAUGAUAGUAGUCAGUCACUGUAGGGACAGCGUGUAGGUUUUGUGUUGGUGUUGGUGUUGUUUUUAAGUUAAAUUUUUUCCCCUCUGAUUGAUGAAGACCUAAAACUCAUCAGGAGCAUGAAAAAGUUCUGAAAAGGUCCCUUUCCUCAGGCUACUCUCUUCCUUUUCAGAAUAUUUCCACUUAACAAAAAAUUUUAAUUUUUGGUUGAUAAAAAUUUCCAUUUUUAAGAGUGCAGCUAUAUAACAGGCUGUUAUCCCAACAGUCAUAAAACAUUAGAAAAUAUUUUGUUUUCUCAAAGUAACAGUUCUUACUCUGCAAUAUGAGGCUUUUGCCUCUGGGUUUCUUCUCCAGUUAAUAUAAUGUAAAACCCCUUCAAGCAGAAAUAAGGCUGGUUAAAACUGCUUCCAGCCAAUAUCCUGAACUCUGCUUUUGUGUAGCAUUGGAAAACUUCCUUCACCUCUUUGGUCCUCAGCCGUGUGAUUCGUGAGAGUAACUGCAAUUCUCGGGUCUGUGAAAUACAAGUGUAGAGAUCUAGACUGUGAGUUUGGUUAGCUGCCAGCUGUGUGACUUGGGCUAAUUGUCCUCAUCUUCGUCUUUUACCAUCUCUAUGUUUAAAGUCCCUUAAUACCCAUCCCACCCACCUAACAAGAGCCAGGAGGAGACCAAAAUGGAAAGUCAACCUGAAUGUGCUUCAUAACCAGCACAAUGGCACAUGGAGGAAGAGGGAUGAGGGAUAAUUGGCCCCUUGCUCCUUUUCAGCGUCAGCAUACCCUCCGAGCUCAUUUCAGCCUUGAUUUCUCCCGACACACAUGGGCCCCACAUUCUUAUCUGGCGGUUGUUCAUGCUGGUUCCCACCUGGAAAUGCUUUCUUCUCCAUCUCUCUACUCGAGUCCCAACCUACUCCAUAAAAUGCACUCUCACAAAGCCAUCUCUAACCAUCACAGCCACCACUGGUCAACCUGCCCCUUCGUUACUUACUAUACUUAGUCAUAUCAACAUUUAAUUGUCUCCCUUUCACUCUGAUUUCUUUCCCACACCUUAAUGAUGGAUUAUAAGUAACUUACCCAUUUGACUGGGUGGGUGAGAAGCUGUGUUAACCAUUCAGUACUCGCUUACAGACUGGGAGUUAAAAAACAAAACUAACCAUCCUCCUAACACAGAUGUAUUAGAUAAAGAGGGGGGAAAAAAAAAGACGCUAAAACUGCGUUUUUGCAUCCAUUUUUCCUAAGAUACAUAUAUUUCUUCAUCAUACUCUUAAGAUAUGAGAAAAUGGAGGUCUGCAUUGUCACAACCAGCUCUUACAUAAUUCACAGAGCUGAUAUUCCAGUGUGUUGGGGUUUUUAUUUUUUUACCAUUAAAAUGUGAGAGUAAGAAUAUACAAAUACUCCCUCCAGCAGAUACCCAUUGAGUUCCUCUUAUAUACUGAGUCCUAGGCUAGCUGCCAGGGAUGAUAAGCAGAAAGACAUGACCCUGGCUCCUAAGAAUGCCCCUAGUCCACUGGAAAAGACAGACAAGAAGAUUCAGGGACAGAAGGUCGUGCUGUGGCAAAGGUGUGCAAAGCAAGCACGCGGGAAGGUUCAUAGAAGAGGAAUGUGAGUGGAGUCGUGACAAGCUUAGGAUUUAGCUAGGUCAAGAAUGCAGGAAAGCCCUUGAAAAUGCAUGGGGAAAUGGUCAAGAGUUAGGUUGGCUAGCAGAACUACUGAGAUUGGCUAGCAGAACUGGGGCUGGGUCUGGAGGAAAUCGAUGGCCACGCUGAGAAUUGCAUUUGGUCUGAAAACCAGAAAGAGCCAUUGAGAAUUCAAGUAGAGGAAGUGAAGUGAUCAUAUGUGCAUUUGAGAAAGAUCCUAUAUCUUUAAAAUGACAAUUGCAUAUAACUAACCACACCUGUACUUUGUCAGUUUUUUCACCAGCAGGUUCUGGCCCACAGGCUUUAGAAGGUUGGAGAGGGGGACGUGCUGGGAGUAUGCCAAGGACAUUUUUCAAUUUUUGCCCAGGGGUCUUCCAAAACAAAACUGCCAGUGUCCUGAAAAGCCUGAGUCUUGGCUGUGUUACCUGGGGCAAUUCACUCCACCUCUCUGAACCUCUCUUUACAAAUGUAUUAAAUGGAAGGAAGUGUAUUAGAUCAUGUAAAAUCCAGUUACUAGUUUAUGACCUAUAUAUAUGUUUUUAUGAAAUAGGGUAUGUCUGGGAAACACUCCCUGUGUGUCUUCUUUAUUCUCACACUACUACACUCACAACAUUUCUGACUCUAGAUGUGUGGGUUUUUGACACAACAAGCAAUUCUGCAGUACCAGCUGGGAUCCUACAAUUCAGUUCAGUUCUGACACUAUCAAUCUGAAGGUAGGAUCAAAUCCUGUAAGUUAAGACUUAAGUCCCACAAGUUACACAUCUGUUUAUAUAGGUAUGUGUGUAUUUGCACACGUGCAUACUAGGUGGUAAUGUAAAUAUAUUUCUAACUCCAGGGAAUGGGGAUUUGAAAACUGAUGGACAAAUAAGAUCCCUCCCAAUUCUAAGACCUUUUGAUUCCUCCCUUAUACUGCUGGCCAGUAAGUUGCUUAGGGUUGUUCUAGAAGGAUAUAGGCAGUACUUAACUACAAUUGUGCCCAUGGCACUGAGAUACUUAAAUAUGCACAUAGGUCCUUUUAUAGGGCUUGUCUGUAAAAGUGCUUUCUUAUCCUGAAAUGCUGUAGUGUUCCUUCAAGCAGUACUGUAAUGCAAAGGCCUUGCUUUUAAAACGUUUGUGUUGUCAAUAGCAACACCUACUGGUAAAAGAGCCCAAUUGCAAGUAUCCUGUAUUCUAGACUUAAAACUGAAAGUGAUUUUAGGUAUCACCAAGUCCCAUUUGUAAAUUAUUAAGAACAAACUGGAAACUCAAAUUUUUUUUCCUACAUUGAAAUACACUUUCAUUGAGAACAAAUAAAACCUAUGGUUGCAUUAUGAUUUCUUGUAUUUCUCUGAAGCUUUUCAAAUACCCAGAAAUCACUGUUACAGCUGAGGCAAAAAAUUAACUAAGCAUACAUUGAUAGGUUAACCUGGAAAUCAUAGGUCAGUAUAUCUCCAGCCUAUUGUGCAUUGUAAAUAACAAUACACGUUGCAUGCCAGAUCUUCAGAGUUUAGCAUGAUGCCUGGCACGUGGUAAUACUCAGUAAAUCUUUGUGGAAUGUUUGUAUAUGUGCUGAAUACUAAGCGUGGGGAAAGAUCUGGUGAUCUUUCUGCAGGCACCAGGAAUUGGACCCGCUUUCCUUUUUUGAGAACCAUGACCCACUCUUUUCUUUGAGAAGAUUUUUUUUCCCUGGCACAGCGGUGGUGUGGGAUGUGUCUCCUCCCCUCAUUUCUUCAAUAGAUUCCAAGAGAAUAGCCAGGCCCUUACCUGCUUAUUAUUAGGGAAAUGGCUAAAUUAAACGUGAUGCUGUAUGGCAGUUAAGGGGAAUGAAUUCAAUCUCCACAUAGGCAGUUCUCAUAUAUAGAUUGUUGAGUUAAAACAGAAAACAGAAACUAGAUGAUAAAUAUGCAUGCAACUUAAUACUGUUUAUAUAAAAAAUACACCAGUACCGCACAUUUUCUAUAGUACCUAUUACAGUAUAUGUAUCUGAAAACAUGAAAAGUGAUCUAAAAGGACACACCAAAUUUGUAAGAGAGGUUACCUCAGAGAGUGGAGAGUGAGAACUUGGAUCGAAAGAAAUCAAAGAUGUUGGCUCUUUUUAUAAUGCUACCCUUAUCUAGCUGUAGACUGUGAAACUAAAAUUCAUUUUUAGAAAACAUUUUAGUCUUUAUAGAUAACUUGGAAGCCACACAAACAUUUAAAGGAGAACAUUUUAAAUGUGCCUAAGAGUAAAUCACCCAUGGGUCACCGCAGUUAAAUUUUUGAUGUAUUUCUUCAUACUAGUUUAAACAUAAUUAGGGUCAUUCCGUAUGUGGUUUUACAUUAUGAUUUUUCCCAUUUAACAUUAUAUUGGCAGCAUUUUCCCAUGUCAUAUUGAAAAACAAUUUAAAAUGACUAGUAAUCUUCCAUAUCAAAAUGUUCCAACUAGUUCUCCUAUUGUUGGACUUUUAGGGUGUUUCUAAUUCUUCACUGUUUAGUUGGUAUACACUCCUUGAGCACUCCCCUCGUACAUGGUCAUGACCUGUGCUAGAAAGAUAGUGGUCCAUAAGGUAGACAUAGUCCCCCUCUCAGAGAGCUUUCAGAAUGUACGUAAUGCAAUGAGGAAUGUGUGCAGAAACAGUUGCUCACAUUUGGUUUCUUUAGGUUAUACUAUUACAAAGGGAAUGAACAGAUCAAAGGAUAUGGAGUGUCUUUAGACUUCUGAUUCUUGUCGCUAAAUUGUUCAUCAGUAAGACUAUAGGGAUUUACAUUCACAGCAGUAGUCUGUAUCUUACCAUUUCCUAAAAAUCUUUGAAAAUAGUUUUAUUUUCCUUUGCUUUUAUUAUGGAAACAAUCAUUUUUCUCUUCAUGUCCUGGUAAAAUUUGCAUGGAUGCUCAGCUUUGUUUCUUCCCAGUAUCUAUGCAUUUCUCAGUGCUGCUACUGUGAGUUUUCCAGCUUCUUUAUUGUCCAUUUUAUUGCCCCAAAUCUGUUUUUUUACUAUCAGAGCUGACUGUCCAUCUAUUGGUUCUAUUACAACCAGAAGCAUAGAGUUAAAUAAUUAGGAUUUGUAUGUAAUUUUAAAAAAAUAUUAUGGAAAAUUUUAUGUGUACUCAAAAGUAAAUAAUAUAAUGAACCCUCAUGUACAUCAGAAUCAGAAUCUGUAAUUACCAAGAUUUUUGACAUAUUUGCUUCAUUUAACCUUAACUUUAUAUUUGCAUAAAUAUUUUAAAGAAAAUUGUAGACAUUAUGUCAUCUGUUUUUAUAGGUGUAUACUAAAUAUUUUUCAUUUGAUCUAUUCUGACAAGUUUUACAUCAGUCUUAGAUGUUAAAACAUCUUUGGGUUCUUGUCCUCUGCUCUUCUCCUCAGGUAGAACUUUGCACCCUCUUUCGGCUUUUGCCUUUGCCAGUAACAUUGGGGAACUUCCCUCUAAAAUGGCCCACUGUUGGGCGCCUGGGUGGCUCAGUGGGUUAAAGCCUCUGCCUUCGGCUCGGGUCAUGAUCUCAGGGUCCUGGGAUCGAGCCCCACAUCAGGCUCUCUGCUCAGCAGGGAGCCUGCUUCCUCCUCUCUCUCUGUCUACUUGUGAUCUCUGUCUGUCAAAUAAAUAGAUAAAAUCUUUAAAAAUAAAUAAAUAAAAUGGCCCACUGUUGAACCCUCUUACACUGUUAGUAGGAAUGCAAGCUGGUGCAUCCACUCUGGAAAACAGUAUGGAGGUUCCUCAAGAAGAUAAAAAUAGAACUACCCUAUGACCCAGCAAUUGCACUACUAGGUAUUUACCCCCAAAGAUCCAAAAGUAGUGAUCUGAAGGGGCACCUGCACCCCAAAGUUCAUAGCAGCAAUGUCCACAAUAGCCAAACUGUGGAAACAGCCAAGAUAUCCAUCAAAAGAAGAAUGGAUAAAGAAGAUGUGGUAUAUAUGUAUAUACACACACAAUGGAGUAUUACUCAGCCAUCAGAAAGAAUGAAUACUUACCAUUGACACUGACAUGAAUGGAACUGGAGGGUAUCAUGCUAAGUGAAAAAGUCAAUCAGAGAAAGAGAAAAUCAUAUAGUUUCACUCAUAAAUGGAAUAUAAGAAAGGAUCAUAUAGGAAGAGAGGGAAUAUAAGAAAGGAUCAUAUAGGAAGAGAGGGAAAACUGAAUGGGAAGUCAUCAGAAAGGGAGAAAAACCAUGAGAGACUCUUAACUCUAGGAAACAAACCAAGGUUUGCUGGAGGGGAGAUUUGUGGGGGGAUGGGUUAAUUGAGUGAUGGGCAUUAGAGAGGGCACAUGAUGUGAUGAGCACUGAAUGUUAUACACCAACUAAUUAUUGAACACUACAUCUGAAACUAAUGAGGUACUAUAUGUUGACUAACAGAAUUUAAAUUAAAAAAUAGUGUGUUUUAAGAAGACCUCAAAAAAAAAUGGCCCACUGUUGCAUAAUUAGAUCAGCCGGUACCAUCAAAACAGAAUGUGAACUGUAUAUUCUGCAGCCUGGAUCCAUGUAGUUUCACCACACGGAGACAUUGCAUAAAUGAUGUCAAACCAUAGACAACUUCUUGUGACUGUUCUCAACUGUGAUUAAAACCGACAGUAAUGUAAUAUGUGACUAAAUCUGCUCACUGCUGUGUAGCUUUAAACAAUAGCUGGUUUCUUGUGAAGGAACCCCUUUAUAAGUCUGAAAAUUUACGGAACCUAUUUUCAGAAAAAUGUGUGUGUGUGAUAUAUGUGGGUGUGUGUAUGUAUACAUACAAACAUCCCUGAUAUAUAUCAGAAAAUUCUGCAUACAUGGGGCUCCUGGGUGCUGAGCUGGUUAAGCAUCCUGCUUUUGAUUUUGACUCAGCUCAUGAUCUCACAGUGGAGCCUGCUUAAGAUUCUCUCUCUUGGAGAAAUUAAGGAGUCAAUCCCAUUUACAAUUGCACCCAAAACCAUAAAAUACCUAGGAAUAAACCUAACCAAAGAGGCACAGAAUCUAUACUCAGAAAACUAUAAAGUACUUAUGAAAGAAAUUGAGGAAGACACAAAGAAAUGGAAAAAUGUUCCAUACUCCUGGAUUGGAAGAAUAAAUAUUGUGAAAAUGUCUAUGCUACCUAAAGCAAUCUACACAUUUAAUGCAAUUCCUAUCAAAGUACCAUCCAUCUUUUUCAAAGAAAUGGAACAAAUAAUUCUAAAAUUUAUAUGGAACCAGAAAAGACCUCGAAUAGCCAAAGGGAUAUUGAAAAAGAAAGCCAACGUUGGUGGCAUCACAAUUCCGGACUUCAAGCUCUAUUACAAAGCUGUCAUCAUCAAGACAGCAUGGUACUGGCACAAAAACAGACACAUAGAUCAAUGGAACAGAAUAGAGAGCCCAGAAAUAGACCCUCAAAUCUAUGGUCAACUAAUCUUCGACAAAGCAGGAAAGAAUGUCCAAUGGAAAAAAGACAGCCUCUUCAAUAAAUGGUGCUGGGAAAACUGGACAGCCACAUGCAGAAAAAUGAAAUUGGACCAUUUCCUUACACCACACACAAAAAUAGACUCAAAAUGGAUGAAGGACCUCAAUGUGUGAAAGGAAUCCAUCAAAAUCCUUGAGGAGAACACAGGCAGCAACCUCUUCGACCUCAGCCGCAGCAACAUCUUCCUAGGAACAACGCCAAAGGCAAGGGAAGCAAGGGCAAAAAUGAACUAUUGGGAUUUCAUCAAGAUCAAAAGCUUUUGCACAGCAAAAGAAACAGUUAACAAAGACAACUGACAGAAUGGGAGAAGAUAUUUGCAAACGACAUAUCAGAUAAAGGACUAGUGUCCAGAAUCUAUAAAGAACUUAGCAAACUCAACACCCAAAGAACAAAUAAUCCAAUCAAGAAAUGGGCAGAGGACAUGAACAGACAUUUCUGCAAAGAAGACAUCCAGAUGGCCAACAGACACAUGAAAAAGUGCUCCAUAUCACUCGGCAUCAGGGAAAUACAAAUCAAAACCACAAUGCGAUAUCACCUCACACCAGUCAGAAUAGCUAAAAUCAACAAGUCAGGAAAUGACAGAUGCUGGCGAGGAUGCGGAAAAAGGGGAACCCUCCUACACUGUUGGUGGGAAUGCAAGCUGGUGCAGCCACUCUGGAAAACAGCAUGGAGGUUCCUCAAAUUGUUGAAAAUAGAACUGCCCUAUGACCCAGCAAUUGCACUAUUGGGUAUUUACCCUAAAGAUACAAACAUAGUGAUCCAAAGGGGCACGUGCACCUGAAUGUUUAUAGCAGCAAUGUCCACAAUUGCCAAACUAUGGAAAGAACCUAGAUGUCCAUCAACAGAUGAAUGGAUCAAGAAGAUGUGGUAUAUAUACACAAUGGAAUACUAUGCAGCCAUCAAAAGAAAUGAAAUCUUGCCAUUUGCAACAACAUGGAUGGAACUAGAGCGUAUCAUGCUUAGCGAAAUAAGUCAAGCAGAGAAAGACAACUAUCAUAUGAUCUCCCUGAUAUGAGGAAGUGGUGAUGCAACAUGGGGGCUUAAGUGGGUAGGAGAAGAAUAAAUGAAACAAGAUGGGAUUGGGAGGGAGACAAACCAUAAGUGACUCUUAAUCUCACAAAACAAACUGAGGUUUGCUGGGGGGAGGGGGUUUGGGAGAAGGGGGUGGGAUUAUGGACAUUGGGGAGGGUAUGUGCUUUGGUGAGUGCUGUGAAGUGUGUAAACCUGGUGAUUCACAGACCUGUACCCCUGGGGAUAAAAAUAUAUGUUUAUAAAAAAUUAAAAAAUUAAAAAAAAAAAAAAGAUUCUCUCUCUUGGGGCACCUGGGUGGCUCAGUGGGUUAAGUCUCUGCCUUCGGCUCAGCUCAUGAUCUCAGGGUCCUGGGAUUGAGCCCCGAAUCGGGCUCUCUGCUGGGCAGGGAGCCUGCUUCUCCCUCUCUCUCUGCCUACUUGUGAUCUGUCUGUCAAAUAAAUAAAUAAAAUCUUAAAAAAAAAAAAAAAGAUUCUCUCCCUCCUCCCUCUGUCCCUCCCCACCCAACCUAUGCAUGCACAAACAUGCAUUCUCUCUCUUAAAAAAAAAAAAAGGCAGAAAAUUCUGCAUACAGUUGCAGGACGUACCUAGACCCUUUAAAAUCUAUGAGACAAAUCCUAGAUCAAGAAUCUUGGUCAAUAAAUUGCAUUCAUAAUGGUUUUCUUCUAUUACAUACACACACACACAAAUAUGCAGGCACAAAUGUAUGCAUUUAUGUCAUGGGCAAGAAAAAGGAGAGUAUAGUGACAGAAAAAAAAAAACCUACCUAAUUAUAAACAUUUAAAAAUGUAUAAAAUACUGAAGGGACAAAAAUCAGUUAUUGCAUAUAGAAUUAAAAGGGUUGGGAAAAAAAUGGAACCUACUGGGAACCUGAAGAGGGGGAAAGUGGUCCUACUUACCUGUAAAUGUGCACAAAACAUCACCUGAAGUUGUUAAACUAUAUAGAAAAAAGUUUAAAGACUUAUAAGAAGCCUGGAUAAAUUCACAAAGCUGAUGGGGAAAAAUGAUAUGACAAAUCCGUCUAUUUCGUAUCACCAUUUCCAAAGCAGGUGUUAAUGGACAAAACAUGUUUCAACAAGUAAUGUUGCUCUCAACUGUUCUCAGCUGUGAUUGAAACAUUAUUUAAAAUGUGGCUUCCUUUGCCCACUAUUGUACAGAUUUAAACAUUAGCUGAUUGGCAAUAGGGGUAAAAAAGCAUAAUAAUAUUUUCAUUAGUAUCUAAACUUACUUGAAAAUUUGGUUACGGGGACGCCUGGGUGGCUCAGUUGGUUAAGCAGCUGCCUUCGGCUCAGGUCAUGAUCCCAGCGUCCUGGCAUCGAGUCCCACAUCGGGCUCCUUGCUCAGCAGGGAGCCUGCUUCUCCCUCUGCCUCUGCUGCCACUCUGUCUGCCUGUGCUCACUCUCCCCCGCCUCUGAUAAAUAAAAUCUUAAAAAAAAAAAGAAAAUUUGGUUACGUUCAAUAUGUCCUACCUACUCUUUUAGCCCAACCAAGUAACUUGACCCCUUGUUCUGUUUCUAAUGAAACACCACAAAAGAGAUUUUAGAAAGCUAGACUUAAAAAAAGAAGCAAAAACAACUCAUUGUGAGUAGAUUAAAGAACAGAAUUCAUGUCAAUAACUUAUUACCACAAGUAAUCAAGCAGCUCACUGGUAAGUACUUCUCUGUAAGCUGUGAAGGGGUGAUCGGGGCCAUGAUUUCCUCCUUUCCCUCCUGGGAGAGCAACUCUCCUUGGCACUUGAAUUGCUGUGUGAAAGCUUCAGGUUGUCUGGGAAGCAGAAUGUGUUAAAGGAAGGGAUCUUGAUGGUGCUCAUUAUGUCUGACUAAAGGUCCAAGGUGCUGGGUGUGAGGGGCCCCUCUUUUUUGAAGAUAGACACCAUAUAUUAAAGGCUUGAGUGACCACCUCAAUGAGAGGGAGACUCUGCAUGUACAAAUUUGGAAACGUUAUUUAUCUGUGGCUCAGGCUUCAAAUGUGACACUAUAAUGAUGACUUUCUCCUAUGGGACAUUUUAUGCUCACAAAAUUUAAUGUUUUAAUGCUUUGGUCUAGAACCCCUGUGGUCACCUUUUCAUGAUAAUAAGGUUUAAAAUCCACUUAUUUUCCUCACAUACUAACAAACAUAAUAACUUCAGUUUACCAAAUAAUAUGGCCAGGAAUUGUGCUAGAAACUAAGAAUGCUCAGUACAACCUGCCAAGACAAUCCCCCAACUAUAAUGUCUUAAGAAAUGUGAGCGACUACUUGAAUGAUCCAUUUAAACAGAUUUUAUAGGCUAAAAUAAAAAGAUUAUACAAGCCACUGUUAGUGAAAAUUUUAUAGUGAUAUGGCAAUUUACGAUCUUGGUCUCUUUUCUUGACUGUGCUAAGCCAAUAAAGAAACAUUAGCUACUUGGAUAACCUUGAAACAGACUCCAGGAGUGUUAUCCACAGCAUGGCCAUUAUGACCACUAAAUCCUGCCACCAUAUAUCUUCCUAGAAUGAAAGAAGGAAAGUCGUGUAUUUUGGAAGAGGAUCAUUUGUUUCCUUACUUUUGAGAUUAGAAAGUUCUUUAUGUACUUUUGGUACAAGUCUGUUGUUGGAUAUGUGACUUGCAAAUAUUUUUGUCUGUGGUUUGUAUUUUCAUCCUCUUAAUAAGAUCUUUCAGAGUAAAAUUUUUUAAAAGUCCAAUGUACCGUUUUUUUUUUUUGUUUUUUUUUUUUUUUUUUGUGGAGGUACUUUUGAUGUAUUGUCUAAAAGCUCUUCACCUAAGUCAUGAAGAUACUCUGUUUUCUUCUACAAGUUUUAUAGCUUUACAUUUUAUUCAGAUACUAUGAACCAUUUUGAAUUAAUUUCUGUUUAAGAUGGGAGAUUCAGGUUGAGGUCCAUUCUUUUUUUGCAAAUGAAAGCCGGUACUGUUUAUUGUAAAAACUAUGUUUCCUCCAUUGAAUUGCUUUUUUAUCUGUCAAAAAUCACUUGGUCUUGGUCUUACCUGUAAAGUCUACUUAUGGAUUCUAUUCUAUUGAUCUGUGUCUGCCCCCCUUCAAUACCACACCCUCCUGAUUACUGUAGCUACAAAUUAAGUCUUAAAACCAAGUUUUGUGAUUCCUCCACCCUUUAUUCUUCAUUUUCAGUAUUAACUAUUCUAGUUCCUUUGCCUUUUCAAUAAAAUUUUACCAUUAGCUUUUCUAUUUCUUUUUUUCUUGAUGAUCUUAUUUGAGAGCGAGAGCGCACAUGAGCAGGGGGGAGGAUUAGAGGGAGAGCGAGCAGCAGACUCCCUGCUGAGCAGGGAGCCAGAGGACAUGGGACUUGAUCCCAGGGCACUGGGCCGAAGGCAGAUAUUUAAUGACUGAGACACUCAAGUGCCCCAGCUUUUCUAUUUCUAUAGGGUAAAAAAAAAAAAAAAAAAAAAAUCUGCUGGGAUUUUGUUUAAAUUUUGCACCCGGGUGUCUAUUUUCUCUGACCCUACAGCCUCCAUGUGUAGUCAGGCACAGCUCAGGACUGGGCACACACUUUAUGCUGGAACUAAGAAGGGACAACAUCUGUCAUAAAGGUAGUGGGGGAUGGGUGAGAGGAAUACACAGGAGACAGAAUGAGCCAUGAGAAGGCAGAUUUGUUUCAGAAACUGGGGUUAGGGAUACCUGGGUGGCUGAGUUGGGUUAAGCGUCUGCCUUUGGUUCAAGUUAUGAUCCCAGGGUCAUGGAAUCAAGCCCCACAUCUGGCUCCCUGCCCAGCAGGGAGCCUACUUAUCCCCUCUGCCUGCUUGUGCUUGCUCUCUCUGACCAACGAAUAAAAUCUUAAAAACAAAACAUUGGGGUUAGAACAGUCGCAGGUAGAUUUGUGUUUCUGUCAGCCACUUAACUAACGGACAAGCAUCCACGGUGCACCCAGCAGACAAGUGCAAACCACUGUCAUAGGAUGUCUUAACUCCUAGGUGUGGUGUUCUCUACAGGUUUGGCUGAGGUUUCAGGACGGCCAGAAACAGGACAUACUGGAGAGGGGUGGGUGGGUGUCGAUGCCAGCCCAUCCAUUAGCCCUAUCCAAGCCUUCUCCACACUGCAUGGCCAGGCAGCACCUCCUAGCUCUCCGCACUGCAGCUGACCCAGUGCUGAUGCCCAGAUAUGGAUUCUUGUGGCCCUUGGGGGCCUCUUGCAAUUCAGGCCAGGGGGAUGGUACGAGACCCAGAAAUCUACUGGGUUGGGUCAGUUAUGUACACCCAAAAGCAUCUGGUCAGCCUUUGAGAGUGACUUAACCAGUAUCUGUGCAACUACAUACACUAGUAAGCCCUGGAAUAGAAACCAAAAAACAGCCCAUCUUAAUACCACAUAUAAAUGUACCAAAUUAACAUGUACUUCUUAAAUUUAUAUAUACAAUGUUGUAUGUCAAACAUUAGUGUUUCAGUUAAAAAAAAAAAAAAAAAAAAGCCACCCUCCAUCCUUGUGGAAAGACAAAUCACAUCAUUUGUGGGAAGCAUACGCACAAGUGUGCCAUGUUUGGGGAUCAGUGAAGUCUGAGAUGGUGGCAGCAGCAGGUGACAUGAGAUACCUCCUAAAACUGCACAGGGAAUCUGAGUUUGAAGCAAGGGAGAAUAUUGCUGGAUCAGGUACCAGAUAAAACAUACAUUAUCUCCUGGGCUGUGGAAAGGAUCAUGGUCUUGACCUUAUGGGAUAUCGAAAGCCAUAAAACUUCCAUUUUCCAAGAUCCUAAACAUAACCUAACACUAGGCUUUGAAAGAGAAAGUACUCACCUUAAUGCUGCCAAUAGCAGUUCCUCUGAUCACUUUCAAGAAAGACACUAAAUUUCAUUUUGGAUGAGAUUUUUCUAUGGAAAUUUUGAAACAAUUUACAAAUACCAAAAAAGAUUCUUAACUUUAGAGAACAAACUUGAUGGCUACCAGAGGGGAGGUGGGCAGGGGAAGCAUAAAGUGGAAAUUAAGGAGUCUAAUUGUCAUGAGCAAAAGGUGAUAUAUGGAAUUGUUGAACCACUAUGUUGCACACCUCAAACUAAUGUAACACUGUAUAUUAACUACUGGAAAAAAAAAUAAUUUAUAAACAAACCCCAUGUACCUAACACCCACCUUCCAACAAUUAUCAAGCUACAACCCUCCUCCACUGUUUCUAACUAAAUACAGAUACUUUGUGCCUUGAAAUAAACCUCAAGGUCAAAACUUAUCAGUUAAUGAGGUCAGGAUAAAGAGCAUUUAGGUAAUCUUUCUAUAGCUUAACACCCUUCCUCUUAAACAAGUUUUUCUCCUGGGUCUUAAUUUGCCAGGUUGGACACUUCCAUUAACUCUUAUCUGCUCAAUCAUCCAGUGCCUUUCUUGCUGUCACAAACACAGAACUGGAACAUGGAUCGUGAACCUUCACUCAAAUACCAAGGCAGAAGCAAGUUGAGGGUGGUAUCUGUCAUACUGGGUCCCCAAGGAAAUGUAUGUCCCAGAAUGUAUGUUAUCAUGGUUUCCCAACAAUGAUUCCUGCUUUAAGUGCAGUGAGUUUAUUUAAAGCCUACUGUCCUGCAUUUAUUCCAGAUUACUUACCAUUUUCUUUAUUUCAUAGAAAGAAUAACUAUGAAUCCCAUUUACUCUAGAGAAUUCUGAAUUCCUGACAGUCCCAGUCUCCUAAAAUGUCAAGGCAUAUACUGCAUCUCUGCAGUAAGGAAAAUAAGACACAAAACAUACUUCCAGCUUAUGAAAAUUUAUUAUCACGUUUUUACAAUCAAAAUUUAUGACCUUGGUCUUUCCUUCUUGCCUUUGUAUAAGGCCAAAAGAGAGACAUUGGCUACUUUGACAACCUUAAAGCGAACUCCAGGAAUGUCACCGACAGCAUGACCUUUGCGACCAAAUCCAGCAACCAGAACUUCAUCAUUUUCCU